AUGGAUUCUUUACUAUCAUUGCAAUUGGUUUUCCUGACCGCCUUUAUUUAUAUCCGUUGUGCGCAUGCGCAAUGCAGCAGAGGAGAACCAAAUAAUGGUAAGGGUUUCAAAAAUAGUGGACGAAUUGAUUAUUGCGUACGUAUUUAAGAAAAAACAAUUUGUGCAACAAAAAAAUUUGAAAAAAAUUCGUGCACAGACUUUACAAUAGGGGAAAUUAUAAGUUGAAAUAAGAAAAAAUUCGUGUAAGGGAUUAUACUUAAAAACAUUAUCGACACAAGCAAAAAAUUAAAAAGAAAUAUUUGUACAAGUUAAAAAAAGUCCGCCUCCCCCCAUCACUUUUCUAAUGGUCCGCUAGAUUAAAAAUAAACAUUACAAAGAUAACUGUUUCUCUGAAUCUUAUUUCUUGUAGAAGAGAGGGACGCGAGCCAGCCAGAUCUAAACAUCACAUCUUCAGGACCGGUUGUUCGUGUUGGUGAUGAACUGAAAAUAACAUGUAUAGCUGAUAGACCUCGUUAUCAAUUCCAAAGUAUCCAACCGAUGCCGCCAAUUGAGGUUAGAUCCUUCUUCAAUGGAACAGAAGUUAAUAAAAUUUGUCCUGGAACGGGAGGACGGAUUGAAUGUGUUCACACAGUUCAGUUAACCAAAGCUGGAAACAACGUUGUG